AUGGAGAAAAUCGUUCCCGGUAGACAAAAGCACGACAAGCAGUUCUGUCACAAUGUAUGGAUUCAUGAUGAUUUGAACUGCUCAUCACUGGAGUCAGCCGUGAUGCAGCGGAUACGCCCUAUUUUCACCGGGUACAUACUGGUCACUCCACCAUCACCCGCUGUGAAGAGUUUAAUUGAUAUCCUAAACAGUCCGCUUCGAAUGGCGGACUUUCUUCGACAACUGCUGUACGAAUACCCAGAAAUUGCCGAUAGUCUACAGAAUGCGCUUCAUGGAAGUGAUCUGAGAGCAGCUAGC